GUACCAAUUGUUGUGCUAGGAAAUAUGAUCGAUUUACCGGGAAGGAAGGUCGAUAGUGAAUUUGCGCAAAGUUGGGCUGCCAAAGAACGAGGUCCCAUUUUCAUUUCACCGUUUCGUUUUACUGUGAAAUUUGUUGACUGUUUUUUGCUUGCGUUUGAUUGCCCUUUUCGUUUUUCAGUGAAAUUAUACGAAGUAACAGCGAAAGAUCGUAACACAUUGGUGGAUUUAGUAGUUUAUCUGGGUAGCCGACACUUUCAUUCACAACGUAAGUUACCCAUUUUUUACUGUUUUGUGGUCUCAGCCAUUUCUUGA